AUGUACUAUAUCCUCUACUUGACCAGCCUCUGCCGCCGCCGCAACUGGCCCGAACCAAUCUACAACGCCUACAUAAGCAACAGCGGAUAUACAUGCACCGUGCGGGUCAACAACCGCGAGUACCGAACAGACAGUAUCUGCAGUAACGAGACGCUUGCGCGCGAGAGCGCCGCCAUGCGUGCCUACCUGAUCUGCCGCAACUUCUCCGUCAAUGACGGCAUGUACCCUGCAGGCCAUGAGCACGGCGGCGCUGUGCAGGGUAUGCGUGUUGCGAUUGGUGCUGGACGGAAACCUGCUAGUGAGGAUGAUGUGCUUUCUUUGGGAUCUGCGAGUGGGAGUGGGAGUGGGAGCGAUAGUUCCCGGGGUGGAAGUUGGAGUGGGGGGAGUAGUCCCGUUAGGGUUGGGAUUGAGGGGGAUGGGAGGGGUGGAUUUGGGGGGAGGGUUUGA